UGAAGCCACAAUAUGGCACCUUUUCGAAGCCAAUGAGAAGAGACUGGUCAACUUAUGAAGACUAUCAGAAUUCAUAUGACUUUUACCAUUCUCCAUUAAGAGGGAAGGAAAAACUGGCUGUUUUUAGAGAGAAUAUUGAAAGGAUUGUACAGAAUAUGUUUGAGGACAAGGAGAAAUCCCAGAUGAAGCCUGUGGAAAGCUCUCCCCAAUAUGAGGACUCUACCAGUUCUAUAUCAGUCAACCCCAGUCAGAUAGAUAUAAUCCUUGACGAAAAUCAGGAUGAUAAUGAUGAGGCUACCAAGGAAAGACUGGUAUCUACAUGAAUCCAAGACCCCGCUCUCACUGAACUAGUCAUGACUCUUUCCCAAUACAAAGGAAAAUACUACGAGCAAAAACUCAAAGACAAUCAAGCCUUGUACCCACUUGAACAAGAGGAAGAGGAAGAAGAGAUCGCCAAGAAGUACAUAUAACUUGUGAUGAGGUUAAGCAGCUGCAGGUUGAGAAUUGACAGUUGGAAGAGCAAGAGAAGGUCUUGAGUCAGAGAUAUGGACAGAAGGAAAUGGCGUUGAGGGAGUUGAAGGAGGUGAUGGGGAGGAUGCAGGAUGAGAGGGAAGAGAUUUUGAGGGAGAUUGAGUGUGAAAAGCAAGCGAAUUUGUUGAUUAAGAUGGAGAGCGAGAAGAACAAAAGGAAAUAAGCCAUAAAUGAGAGAUAUAAAGUUCUAAGUAUUUCAAUCUUUUG